CCCGCACACACCUUUGCUCGGAUUUCUGUCAUUUGUCUUCAUGUUUUUCACAGCCGCUCUUGUCGCGUCGCUCGCGGCUUCUGCAUCCGCUCAUGCCACCUUCCAGGAGAUGUGGGUCAACGGCGUUGACCAAGGGAACUAUUGCGUCCGCUUGCCCGCAAGCAACUCGCCAGUCACAUCCGUUACCACCAACGAUCUUGCCUGCAAUGCAGGCGCUUCGCCGUCAAGUGGGCUUUGUGCUGUGAACCCUGGCGACAGCGUUACGGUUGAGAUGCAUCAGCAGCCUGGAGACCGCAGCUGUGCGACUGAAGCUAUCGGCGGUGACCAUUACGGCCCGAUCAAUAUUUACUUGGCCAAAGUAUCUGAUGCCACAACUGCGGUUGGCUCAAGCGCCAGCUGGUUCAAGAUUAGUGAGAUGGGUCUCCCCAGCUCCGAUCCCGAUUAUUGGGCAACCGAAGUGUUAAACGACAACUGUGGUCAUUUUACCUUCACCAUCCCCACGGGUAUCGCUCCUGGUCAAUACCUCUUGAGAGCUGAGGUCAUUGCUCUCCAUGUCGCAUCAAGCGUUGGCGGCGCCCAAUUCUAUAUGUCUUGCUUCCAACUCAACGUUGGAGGAUCUGGCACUGCCCAGCCAUCAGCUGUCAAUAUCCCAGGCGCCUACGGUGCAUCUGACCCCGGUAUCCUGAUCAACAUAUACCAGUCCUUAACUGCCUACACCAUCCCUGGCCCGACUCCCUAUGGAACGACUUCACCUACUGUCGCCACCACCGCUUGGCCGACGGCCGCGACAUGGAAUACUGCUGAUCAGCCUUCCACUGUCCCGACCGCACCUGCUGGCUCAGCCACUGCGGCGCCUACUUCAUCUGCUGCGGCGCCCUCCUCGUCGGCUAGUGCACCAGCGAGCAGUGCCCCUGGCAGCUCGACUGCAGCCACGCCAACGUCUUCUGCUGCUGGUGCUACCCAGACCAAAUAUGGUCAGUGCGGCGGGAUCGGAUGGUCAGGCCCUACGGCCUGCGUGUCCGGGUCGACGUGCACCAGCUCGGGCGCAUAUUACUCACAGUGCUUGUGAUAGGUCAUCCGACCACUUGUUCGAUCGCUGUCAGAUUGGGAUGUAACAUUACCACAUGCUCAAUGAAAUGCCUCCUUCCACCCAUUC